CCAGCGGUGCCACCCGCGGUCGGAGGACUACAAUUCCCAGCAUGCCGCAUUUCCCAACCUCCCGCUGUCCCCGCCACACGGCGCCGACGCAUGCGUAGCGUGGACCUAUGGGAAAGGCACCGCCGGAGGAAGGGGGCGGGAGGGACGCCGGGCCAAUCAGCGGCAGCGUCGCUUCGUGAGUCGCCCGAUCGCGGUCGAUCCCCGAAUCAUGGCAGACGAUCAUGAGACAGCAACAAAAGAUGCGGAGGAGCUGGACGGCUGCGGCAGCGACUGUGAGAAUGAAGAGGAGCACGCGCACACUAAAGGUAAGAGUCCAGGGGAUGAACUGGGAGCAAAGAAGAAGAAAAAGAAACCAAAACGGAAGAAGGAGAAGGGUGGAGGGAAGCUAGACUCGGACGAUCCAUCUAAGGUUAAUUCUUUGCCUGCCGAGAAGUUGCAGGAGAUCCAGAAGGCCAUUGAGCUUUUUUCUGUUGCCCAGGGUCCAGCAAAGAGCAUGGAGGAAGCUACCAAAAGGAGUUACCAGUUCUGGGACACCCAGCCAGUGCCAAAACUUGGUGAAGUAGUGACAGUCCAUGGCCCAAUUGAGCCAGACAAGGAUAAUAUUCGUCAAGAACCCUACAGCCUACCGCAGGGAUUUCUAUGGGAUGCCCUGGAUCUUGGGAAUGCUGAAGUGUUGAAGGAACUGUAUACACUGCUGAAUGAGAACUACGUGGAGGAUGAUGACAACAUGUUUAGAUUUGAUUAUUCGCCUGAGUUUUUACUGUGGGCACUGCGUCCCCCUGGCUGGUUACUUCAGUGGCACUGCGGUGUACGGGUCGUCUCCAAUAAGAAACUAGUGGGUUUCAUCAGUGCCAUUCCAGCUAAUAUUCAGAUUUAUGACCAUCUGAAGAAGAUGGUGGAGAUUAAUUUUCUGUGUGUGCAUAAGAAGUUGCGCUCCAAACGUGUGGCACCAGUCUUGAUCCGUGAGAUCACCAGGAGAGUCAACCUCGAAGGCAGCUACCAGGCUGUGUACACAGCAGGGGUGGUACUGCCGAAACCUGUAGGAACUUGCAGGUACUGGCACAGGUCACUCAACCCACGCAAACUAGUAGAGGUGAAGUUCUCCCAUCUGAGCAGAAACAUGACUAUGCAACGAACAAUGAAAUUAUAUAGACUGCCAGAGAGCACAAAAACACCUGGCCUGCGACCAAUGGAGCGUAAGGAUGUGAAGCAUGUGUGCAGGCUGCUGAGGGAAUACCUGACACAGUUCUAUCUGACCCCAGCAAUGAACGAAGAGGAGGUUGCUCAUUGGUUCCUACCUCGGGAAAAUAUUAUAGAGACUUAUGUUGUUGAGAGCACUGAUGGAGAAUUGACAGACUUCUUCAGUUUUUACACUCUCCCUUCCACCAUCAUGCAUCAUCCUGUCCACAAGAGCCUGAAGGCUGCUUACUCUUUUUAUAAUGUGCACACCAAGACUCCUCUCGUUGACCUCAUGAAUGAUGCCCUCAUCCUUGCAAAGUCGAAGGGAUUUGAUGUUUUCAAUGCACUGGACCUGAUGGAAAACAAAACCUUUUUAGAAAAGCUGAAAUUUGGAAUUGGAGAUGGCAAUCUGCAGUAUUAUCUAUACAAUUGGAAGUGCCCCAGCAUGGCUGCUGAGAAGGUUGGGCUUGUGUUGCAGUAAAUUUGCCAUCACUGGAGCUGGGAAAAGCCACCGAUUAGCCAUAUCGGGCAAGGUCUGCUGAUCCCUGGUCUGACAGCGCUGAGUAUGGAAGAUCACGGAAUGGGAGGGAAUGGAGCUCGUGGAUUUCAGAGCGAGAGUUUACAGAUUAUACCAUCCCAUAGACAUUUACUAUUCUGCCCAACUCUGUCAAAUCAAGAUUAUAUGCAUUAUACAUGAUUUUAAUAAAUGGAUUAGAACCUGUCUAAUUGGAAAAGGCACUCUCACAAGUAUGCAAAGAUUGAAGGCUUUUUUUAUAUCUCUCUGUGGGAUAUAUUUGACUGUCGGUUCUCUCAUCCAAAAACAUUGCAUCAACUACAAUAUGUCUCAUUCAUUAAAACUCUAAGAAUCCAAUUGCUUUACAUUUUAACCUGAGUAGAGUUCUUUUCAGUGGAUGAUAUCCUAAUUGUGGAGCCUUUGGGCAGUCUCUUUCGUGAACAGACUUUAAACACUCUCGAGCAGUAUUUCUAAUUCACAGCGUUGUCUUUGCUGGGUGUUUCUAGGUUUUAGAAUUGCAGGAAUUUUCUCUGUGCUUUGGAGAGUUUCUAAAGAGGAUGCUGCACACUGCAACUUUAGUUUCCAAGAAGUCCAGCCUACACACAUUAUUUGGGUAUUGAGAGUUAAAUCUGUGAAGAGUAAUGUGCAGGAGUGAGGGUAGCACUUUGUGUUAACAUUCAAAUUUUCUACCAGACAUUGCAAAUACAUAACAGUUAAUGAAAAUCAAUGUUAACAGUGGGAGCAAGGCUUAACGCAAUAUCCUACAGGCAACAAUGCAAUGAACGGGUGUGUAUGUGUAUGUCUCUGUCUGUCCAUCUCCAUGGUGCUCUUCAGUUACUGUAAUCCUUACCUUUCAUGGUCCGUCUAAUGUGGAUGGCAACUACUCUCCCGUUGUUCUCUCACUCUCAUACAUGCUGUCUUUCUUUACUGAACUUCCGUUCAUUCUUUUCCUCCUGUGAUAACUAUAAAUCUCAUGGAUUAAUGAGAAUUAAAUGUCAUUGCAUUGUGGUGAAAUCUCUAAAGUGACUGAUUUGAAUGCUGUAUUCAUAAAACAAAUUUGCAUCUAAAAUGUGCUCUGUGCAAUCUGAAGAUUAUCUGUGCUACCCCUUAUUGUAUGGGCAGGUAUCUUUCUAAGUCUAAAUCUGAUUGAGAGUUGGUAAAGUUUGGCAAUGGUUAGUAGAACCUGGACAGUGAACCAUAUUGAGACCUGCAUUUUCCACAUGGGAUUAGGGUCAGUUGCAUGGCUUCCCUGUUUACAUUGGCUCUAAGCUGCUAAGAUCCUGCUAACCGCCUGAAAAGACUUUAGUUUUCAGCAGUUUUCUUUUUUUUCAAUGUAAACCGCCUUCAAUUUUGUUUGCUGUAAUUUAUGACUAUGAGUAUAACGUUCUAUGAUGCUCAGGGACUGUGUUUUACAUUGU